GUUGAAAGGAAAUUGAGCAUUGUUACUCACAUUUUCCCCAGCGUCGAUACCCAGUCUGCAAAUCAUCGAUAUCAACAUAGUUCGAGUAGACAGCCAUGCAUUCGACCAUCACCUUGACAGCACUGGCAACGCUCGCCAGCAGCGUUUUGGCCGAAACCAUCCAUGGUGUCGUCGUCUAUAGCCGACAUGGCGAUCGCACCACCAAGCACUACGGUUCGCAGAUGCUGACCGACCUGGGCGCCCAGCAAAACUUCCAAGUCGGCAGCGCCUACCGCAGCCGGUACCUGACCCCCAACUCUCCGCAGCACAUUGCCGGCAUCUCCCCGGACAAGUACGUGCCGGGCCAGGUCUACGCCAGCGCUCCCGACCAGAGCAUCCUCCUCAACACGGCCACGGCCUUCCUGCAGGGUCUGUACCCGCCGCUGGUCGGGCGUGUCGACGACUCCGUCGCCAGCGCGACGCUCAACAACGGCAGCAGGAGCGUGUCCCCGCUCGACGGCUACCAGUACGUCCUGCUGCACGGCAAGAGCGCCGACUCGCCCGAGGCCGUGUGGAUCAAGGGCGACGACGGCUGCCCGACCAACGCGGCGGCCGCAGAGUCCUUCUUCCAGAGCGAGCAGUUUUCCCAGACGGACCGGGCGACGAGGGAGUUUUAUGGCAGGUUCUACGACGUGCUGGCGGGCGGCGUCUACGACCUGAAGCGCGAGGACAUGACGUACCGCAACGCCUACGACAUUUACGACCUGGUCAACGUGGCGCGCAUCCACAACGCCUCGUCGCCCGCCCUCGACGUCUCGGACCGGGACCUGCAGCAGCUGCGCACCCUGGCCGACUCGGCCGAGUUCGGCUACAACUUCAACGCGACCCAGCCCGCCCGCAACAUCCACGGCCGCACCCUGGCCGCGGGCCUGCUGCGCCAGCUCAAGCAGACCGUCGCCACCAAGGCCGCGCUCAAGUUCUCGCUGCUGGCCGGCAGCUACGACACGUUCCAGUCCUUCUUCGGCACCGCGGGCCUGACCGGCCUGUCGGACGACUUCUUCGGCCUGCCGGACUACGCCUCCACCAUGGCGUUUGAGCUCUUUAGCGACGGCGAGGAUGCCACCUUCCCGGCCGACGAGGCGCUGCGCGUGCGCUUCCUCUUCCGCAACGGCACCGACGGCGCCUUUGACGCCUUCCCGCUGUUCGGGUCCGGCGAGGAGUCGCUGCCCUGGGCGCGGUUCGCGCGCGAGAUGGACGGCCGCUCCAUCGCCACGGCUGCCGAGUGGUGCGGCGUCUGCGAGAGCAGCAUGUCGUUCUGCGCGGCGUUCAACGGCGACGGUGGCAGUGUUGCCGCCUCGCAGAGGGGCGGCUUGUCGGGCAUGUCCAACGCCGUGGCCGGUGUCAUUGGCGCCUUGGUCGCGCUCGCUGUUGCUGGUUUGGCUGGCGGUGUGGCGUUUUUGGUUGCGAGGAGGCGCAGCUCCAAGACGGUUGUUACCGAGGUGCACAGUGACAAGUUGAGUGACAAGGGUUCUGUGGUUUGAAGUUGUCGCAGCAGCAAAAUAGAUAUCUAGACUUAGUUCCAGGUUGAGAAAGUGUUGGGUCCUGUCAAUUUCUUCAAAGUUGAAAUGGUAUUGAGAGUUUUGUUGUAAUAACACUAGAUAUUACCACAAGGAUUAUACAAAGGAG